UAGCGCUCCACUGAGCACUGGAGCACCAUCACAGCUCACCACGACGAGGCAAGAAGAAAACAAGCUCGUCGCAAACAGCUCGGCAGCCAAUCAGCGGGCUGGUUUCUCUUCAGCAUCUCGGAGGUGCGGAGGCAUCGAGCGGACUUGAGCUCAAGCAGCGGGGAGGAAAAAGACUUCAGGACUGCGCGACGCACAAUUAUGGUUUUGUGAACUUGACAAGAAGGUGGAGGAUCACGACACCAGCACAGAGAGAAGACAAAGGUCAGCUCAUCCAAGCACUGCACAGAGGGAACCAAAUUCCUGCACAAGCAUGGCAGACCAGAAAGACAACAUAGAUGACUUUAAAGUCCAGACAGCCAAGCAUCCUAACAUGAGCUCGGCCCCUUUACGGCCACACAGUGAACAGUCUAAAGACCGGGCAUCCAAAAGGCUUUCAUCUGAGUCUAAUGGGACCAGUGAAGGAGGCAUGGGGUCGUCCACACCAGUGGAAAUGACAGCUUUGGAAGAGGCAUUUCGACGCUUUGCCAUCCACGGUGACACUCGCGCUACCGGCAAAGAAAUGCAUGGCAAGAACUGGUCCAAACUCUGCAAAGACUGUGGCGUGAUUGACGGCAAGAAUAUCACCCUCACCGACGUGGACAUUGUCUUCAGCAAAGUCAAGAAGAAAUCCGCUCGCAACAUCACAUAUGACGAAUUCAAGCUUGCACUUGGAGAGCUGGCCAAGAAGAAAUAUAAAGAGAAGACUGGAGAGGAGGCCGAGGCCGAAGUCUUCAAGCUGAUUGAGGGGAAGGCACCUGUCAUUGCAGGAGUUACGAGGGCUGUGGCCUCCCCGACAGUGAGUCGUCUCACGGACACCAGCAAGUUUACAGGGUCACACAAGGAGCGAUUUGACCCCACUGGCCGUGGGAAGGGUAAGGCGGGACGAGAAGACAUAGUUGACACUUCCGGAUACGUCUCGGGAUACAAACACCGAGGAACGUACGAAAAGAAAGUGAAUAAACCCACUGUGGGCAAACCCAUGUGAGGGCGAGGAUGAGGGAAUAAACAUUUGUUCAACUACUAGGAUAAUUUUGUAUUAAAGGGUACUCAGAGAAAGCACAAAAGAAUAGGAUUUCAUAUAUUUUCCCACCCAUCUAUUUUGUGUGUGUGUGUGUCUGUAUGUGUGAGAGAAAAAGAGAUGAUUUUGAGUUCCUCUCUUUGUGAAGUGUGAGAACUGGAAAACUGUUUACAUCUAUUUUUACAAGUCAUCACCAGCUGGUACAUUCCUGUCUGAUUGCAAGUUACUGCCAAACACUGAAGAGAACAAAUGAAAGAAACUGCUACGCUAUGAAUAUUGAAGCUUUGUUGUUAUGAUAGGGCUUUAUAAUAUUUACUGAGCACAAUUGAAACAACAUGCCAAGAAAAACAAAAGUGGGACAACAGUUUGAUAAAUUAACAACAUUGCACUUUUUAAUAUUCUCUUCCCAUAUUUAGCUGGAGAGGCAUUUCAAUGAUAAUUGGCAAUAACACGUAUGACAUGGGUAUUAUCAAUUAUCAGUCAGUAUCAAUGUUUGUUUCUUCUGAAAAUGUUUUAUUCCAUCUUCAGUGUUAUUUGUCUGCCAUCAACACUUUUCUUAAAAAGUUAAUUUUUUUAUUUCACAAGUUCAGUCAUUUAAAUAAUUUGCCUUCAGCUCAAACCAAGAGAAAUAUAUUGAGGAUUUUGUCACCUCGUUUUAAACUUUUUUGCAGUUCGUCAUUAGACUGAACAUGUUUGAACCCUGCCAUAUCUUCUUGCUUCAGUGAAUAUGUAAAACAUGUCAUGCGAACUCUUUAAAUGGGCCUGCUUAAAACAAACAAACAACAAACAAAAAGAUAUACAAGUAGUUCCCUUUUUUCUCUUACAUUGUCGUUAUUCAAACCCUAUUGUACCUACCUUCCCUGUUUGCUAACAUGCUUUUUAAAUUUGAAAUUGGUGACUUCUGCUGAACAAGGAAGCUCUAACCACAGUAGGUGAGCUUGGUUGUACAAGAUUGUAUUUUUAACAUUCUACUUAUAUUUCCUCAUCAGAUUUCUAUACCGUAGUUCUAAUAUAUUUGUGGUAAGAUUGUGUAUAUUCUAAAAAGUUAUAGCCACAUGGCUUAAUUUAUGACACUGGCUACAUAUGUUGUUGUUUUUUUUUCUGUAUUGCUGUACUUUGUGCAUGUUAUGUAUAUUGCAUUUGAUUCAGAAGCAUAUAGAUAACAGUAGGAGUUUGUCAUAUCUUAUCUGAACUGCCGUGCCUGCUGUGAGGACACACUACUGGACAGACUUUAAAAUUAAUAAAUAUUAAGUGAUGGAAUUGUGAGAUCAUGAUAAAAUCGUAUAUUGCUUGAAAUCAAUAUGUAUCAACCUGUACAUGUACAAAGUCAGCUGCACUCCAAUGCUAUUAUAUUUCUCUGUUGGUAAAGAAAAAAAAAAGUACCUCUUAAGUUUGGUACUGUCACCCAAGGCACAAAUUCAACUGAAAACAAAUGCAGGGUUUUUACUAUUGUAUCCUUACAUACUGUAUGAGAUAAAGGGAAAAUUGCAAACAAGUAAUAUACUUUUGUAGAGUAUUUUUCCAACAUAGUGACAGUGUUUGACUCACAGAUGUCACACAUUACCUGUAGCCUCAGCUGAUGAAGAAUCAUGCAUCAAGUGCAAAACUAGCAGCUAUCAUUGUGUUAGUCUUUGUCCGCUGCAGGAGCUCGGAUAUGAUCUGUUUUCUGUGCUUAAUGCCAAAUACUGUGCACCUUUACUGUGGAGGAACAAUGUUGUUGUUUU